AUGGCGCUUGUCAGAAAAUCAGAGGAUUCCAUCUUACCCAUGCAGGGCAUGCCUGCAGAAUCCACGUUCGAGGCGACUCACCUGCCGCCACAGAGCUUCCCCGCGACAAAAUAUGCGGUGGAAGAAGCGGCUGCCCUGAAAAGGGGUGACUGGCCGCCUUUCAGCUACUGGGAAGACUACAAGCCGAUAAUUAGAAGAUUGUACAUCGACGAGAACAGAACACUCCAAGAAGUGAUCGAGAUCUUGGAGAAUGAGUUUGAUUUCAAAGCAACGGCGAAGAUGUAUAAGAGGAGAUUUCGAAUCUGGGGCUGGCGGAAGAACAUCAGAUUCAAUUCAGAUAUAGACACCAGCAGAGUGCAAGAAGUUAUCAACAGCAGACGCCCGGAAGACGCUGGUGAUCUCGAGGCCGAGAAGGUCCUUUUAGCCAAUGGGCAACUUGUCGAUAUUGGCCGUCUUCACCAACAUCUACGGCGGAAAAGACGAUAUAAGGAGAUGCAACUCGCCAUCAGAAUCAACCAGCCCGACAUAUUCUAUAACAGCGAGGCAAUCUUCUACAGCGUCCGAUCGCAUACCUUGGGUCGAUACCAAGGGAAAAUCAAAGGUGUAACAGAUGCUCUUGACCUCUUCGCACGGGAGGAGCCCAUAACCGGCCGGUGGCUCAGGUUUACCGAUAAAAUCAAGGACCUCAUGCAGCAGCAAAAUCUAGGCGAAGCCAUCGUCCAAAUGCGCCGAGCACCAGAAGAGGUCGCCGCCAUGGUCCAGACAGAGCCAACCGCCCUUUUCGUCAACCUCUUCAUGUACAUUUUGAAACUUUGCGACUACCCUGCUAUCACCCCCGCCGAGUCCAGGCAAGUCAGGCUAGUUGUGAAGUCGCUUUUUCAUUACGCCGCGUCCCUCUUAUUCUCCGGCUCCCCAGGCCUUCAAACCUCACACCCGCUACAAGUAAUAAUCAAGGGCCUUGCUACUGCUCCAGACAGCGAUUUGAGUGAGAUUGCGUCCAGAGCGUGGAUGGUAACUUGCCAGUCCUGGGCAGAGCUUGUUUUUCUAGAUUGCUCAUCCGCUGUGAGCAAGGGAUCCGUGAUUCAAUGGCUUGAAAUUGGCGACCAGGGAGUCAAGGAUGGCAUGUGGUUCUCUAGAAUCAUCGAGGGAAUAAUUGACGGGACGAUGGCCAGCUGUGAAGCAGCGUACGACAAGCGCGACAUCAGAUGCAUCGAAGCAUUGCAAAGCAAAGCCGAGUUGAUAAUUUAUACCAAUAUGGCCAAACGGCUGGAUUGCCACCUAGACCCGAGACUCGAGGAGCUGUACCUGCAAAUCUUGAACAGGGGAGCUCAAGGAGCUCGGAGGGCUGAUGCUCUGAAUUUCCUUGCCGAAAGUCAUCGAGCACGUGGGGAAUGGGAUAUGGCGGAAACGUAUGCGCGGUUGUGUCGUGCACAAAUGGAUAGCAACGGGGAAAAGCCAAGUUCUGUUGUGCUCGAAGAGAUGCCCAGCACCCUACUAAGCAAGGAGCUUCAGGAAGACUCCAAGAUUAAAGUUAAUUAUCACGAACCAGGUUCUGGUGGGAGUUCAAGCUCAGAGAACUCAAUCAAUAACAGGAAAAGGUAG